AUGUUUCAUGCGCUAAGUCAGGGCGACGAAUUAGAUAAUCGUUGGGAAGACCAUAGUCCACAUGAAGUGAAUGAAAGAACUUUCUUACUGCCUGAUCUGCAUAAUUCAAGUGAGCGUACUGAAACUCUACGUAUAAAUUGGAUUCAAAAAACAUGGAAAAGAGCAUUAAUCUUGAAUGUCUUUCCCGUUUUGCUGGUUAUUUUAUGGGUAUCAGUUCCAUUUCCCUCAUACGAUCCAAAUCCUACAUCCGAUGAAGAUAGCGCUGUUGUUUGGAGUAGCAAUGACAGCAGCAUAGUUAAUUUCAAUUCAUCAACAUCGUCAAUAACAUCAUCAAUACCAAGUAUUGGUAUUGUCAUGCCAAUCAUCUCGAAUACAUCACUCACGCAUCUUCCAUCAACGCCACAUUUGCCACCUGUCGAAAUUAAUUUUUGGUAUUUCUUGUUCGUUUACUAUGGAAUAUACAAUGCAAUCGCUUUGUUGUUGAUCACUAAAAUAUUUGAUCUUUAUUCGUUGAACUGGUGGCCAAAAUGGUUGGGUGGUGUAUUCGCAUACACCGUAUUUUGGUUACUCUCCUUGACACUUGGAGUGUUUAUUUAUUUAUUUACCGGAUUGGAGAAAUACACAUUAACGUGGGUUCUACUUACUUUUCUGACAAUGGCAAUGCCUUUAUUAGUGGCAUUCAUCGUAAUUCGAUCACAAAAUCGAAACAUUUAUAGACAUUCAUUAACAUUGGCACAAAAAACCUUUCUUGAAAGACAAUUACAAUAUCGAAUUCCAUCCUCAUAUCUCCGUUUCUUAUGGUUUUGCUCUGCAUUAUCAAUCGCACUUUUUGCAUUAAUAGCUGGUGAAGGCUAUGCCUAUGUUUUUCUCUCUUCAUUACCACAUAAUGGUUGGGACGGAUUAAUUUAUGUGUACUCGUGGGUCGCAACAAUUUACAUUUUCGAUUCACUCACCGAUUACAUCAUCGAAACACGCAUAAAAUCAUAUCCAUUAUCAUCCAUCUUUAAACUUUAUUUUUUCAUGAUCUACUUUAUUUUCUAUCGAAAUCUUUUCGCACGAUUACGUUCCUGGAACCAAUUUUUCAUUGUUCAACUGGCAAACAUGUUGUGGGUCUGCAUCUUCUAUCCGUUAUGCAUGACACGGGUUGUAUAUAUGGGUUUGGUUUAUUUCGCGGGGGUCACGAAAACCUACGAUCAAUAUAAGAAACACCUGGGACGAUCGUUCUUUUUACGGAAUCUCGCGGAAAACGCGACAAUGCUGGGGUUCCUUUGCUGGGUUGUUAUUCUUCAUUUUGGACCGAACAAACGCGCGUAUCCCUAUUUCCAAUUUGAUGAUGGAAAUGAAUAUAAUAUUAAUCUUACGGUUAAAGCAAGUUUCGGUGUGUGGAUAAGUGAAUUAACGAGCUCUUACAUAACGCGACACAUAUUCCGAAGGGUUUUCAAGCAUAGUGUUAGUGAGGAAGCGGUAAAAGAUUUUGAGAUGUAUCCGGAAACGAUCGUGACUAUGAUUCUCGUAAUUAUUCACGUAUUACAGGAUAUGUUAUUAGCCACGCUCAAACUUAAUUUUGAAGGUGGAAAUUCCGCCAUGCCUGUUCCCCAUGCAUAA